AUGGCACACGUAGAAACGUUACCUAAACACUUCACAUAAAUAGAGAAUCGAGGAUUUAUAUUUUGUAAUUGUCAACCAUGGACGCUAUUCUCAACAAAUUAUUUUCUUCUGAGGAGGAAGAACUGUACGUUUUGGAUUGUUUAUCCUACUUAAUGAUGUUCAUGGCUUCCGUAACUUUCCUGACUUUACUCUUUGAGAACGUGCCCUAUGGCAGAUAUGCAUCCAGCAGGUAUGGGUUUCCUGUAAAUGUCAAAUUCGCCUGGUUUGUUCAGGAACUGCCCGCUUUUCUUGUGCCUUUGAGUUUGGUGCUGUGGAGUUCCUGUGCAAAGAUAACGCACCUGCCCAACCAGCUCCUUCUGCUCAUGUUCUUUUGCCAUUACAUGCAAAGGUCCCUCAUUUACCCAUUUUUAAUUAGAGGAGGGAAAUCAACACCAUUCAUCUCGUUUGCCCUGGCCUUUGUCUUCUGCAUCUAUAAUGGCUACCUGCAGGCAAGAUACCUGAGCCACUAUGCAGAAUACUCGUCUGAUUGGGUUACACAUCCCUGUUUCAUCACAGGGUCUUGUAUGUGGUUCCUGGGAUGGACCAUUAACAUUCACUCUGACCAUAUACUCAGGAACCUCCGUAAGCCUGGAGAGACAGGCUAUAAGAUACCUAGAGGAGGCAUGUUUGAAUAUGUAUCAGGAGCAAACUUCUUGGGUGAGAUUGUAGAAUGGGCUGGAUUUGCUCUGGCUGGUCACUCACUGCACAGUGCAGCUUUUGCCGUCUUCACUCUUGUUGUGCUGUCCAGUAGAGCAGUGGCUCACCACAAGUGGUAUCUCGCAAAAUUUGAAGACUACCCAAAAUCAAGGAAAGCUUUAAUACCGUUUGUGUUCUGAUCCUGUGGUAAGCCCAACCACAUCACUUCCAUAGAAACAACAUGUUUUGUCAUUUUAGGAUAUUACCUAUAAACAGUGUUCUUAUUGUGGAAUGUUUUAAGGGAAGUACUGUCAUAAUAUACAGAGACGGGGAACAAAGAUGAGCAUCACAUAAACUCCAUUUUACAAGACAAAUCAUUGUACUGCAUUUUACACCACACACAUUAAUGUUUUAACUUAAAAAGCAUAACUACAAGAGAUAUAGGUUAAUGGAGGGAUCAGAUGAGAUUAAAAACAGGCGGACGGGUGCAUUCAUACCACAGAUCUUCUAUAUUUAUCACUCAGUCGCUCCUUCAAGACUGUAGCCCUGUGUUAGAGAAAUAUGGACCAGUUUGAACUGCUGCUGUCACGUUUCAGUCAGAUUGGAUAUGAGGCAAUCGGGGUCAGGGCUGCCAGCUCUUAAUAUAAAACAUACAUAUGAUGGCUCAUAUCGCAACCAUGUACUGCAGGUGUGUUGACAGCAGCACAACCAUUUAUGAUCCUUAUAUACAGAUUCGUAUAAAUUAUAUUAAUUUAAAUGUAAUGCUUUAAUUUAAAAUAUAAAAAAUAAUAAUAAUCCUGUUCACAUGAGGUUUUAAGUAAAUUACUUGUUUUAAAUUUAAUCUGGUACUGAUUAAAAAAUGCACGACUAAAAUUGUAAGUAACCUAAUGUUUUAGAUGUGACCCCAAUAUAAUGUAUAUGUAAUCAUGUAAAGCAUAAAAAACAAACUGUAAUCUGAUACUAUGUACAUUUUAAACUGUAAUGUAAUCUAAUUACAGUUACUUGAUUUUUGUAAUCUGAUUAUGUAAUCCAGAUUAUAUGUAUAUAUACUUUACAUAUAAUUGAUUGAUUUUUCAAAUGUUUAACAAAUUACAUUUAAUGAAUUUAAACUGAGGCACAUAUUGUGCAAAUUAUAGAUAACGACAAAUGAAUUUAUUAAUGGACUCUGGGACAAAUGGGAAUUUAUCAUUAUCGUAGUACCUCCAGUUGAUUGUGUCUUAAUACACGAUGCAACACAGAACUUCUGAAGUUUUCUAAAAACUUUCAGGCAGCAGAUGGCAUAGGGUCAGUACAUGGAGCUGUCAAAAUAAAAUAUUAAGAUCAGUAUUCAGAAGUAGCGGAGCGCUGCUUUCAGAGAAAAAAGAAAAGCAUACCAUGCCUUAAAAGGACAGCUGCAUUUAUUUAUGUGUAAAAUGCCUGAGUUAGUUUUGUGUAUACUGUAUGAAUCUUUGUAAGAUACAUAUGUUACAACAGGCCUUUUGAAGAUCAUGCUAAUUCAACACUACAGUGUUGCAUUCCAUUUUGAUAUCUUGCUUUUCUUCAGUGGAUGUAAAAUAAAAUUAUAAUUUCAGAGACGUACAGUGAAUAUACCUCAGUCUCAGUUAUCUGCUGCUGUUUUUACAUAUAUGUUUUGUUCGUAACAUCAUUUACCAUUGCUGACAUGUUUUCACUUGCGGUGGGUUCUUAUACUAUACCUUCAAGGCAUAAAGCAUGGAAUAUGGCAAGAGUUAUUUUUCCAGAGUGUCCGCACUGUCAGCUAGGAAAGUGGUUUGGGAUAAUUUAUCUGUGGAAAGGGGAAGGUCAUAUGAAUUGUUUUCAAUCAUCUAGUUCUACUUGUCUCUGUCUUUUAAUACUGUGAAAUAAAGAUUUUAUAUCAUUGUAUAUUUUAUACUGUAUGCAUUUUUCAUCUUUUUGACAUUGAAGUACAUAAAACCUACGCUCCGUUCUAGUUCAUUCCCUUCAGAAGUGCAUGGUCAAUCUGGACCUGUUUGAGGUGUUGGGUUUGUCUGUCUGUUCAUUAGGGAAAUAACCCAAGCCACAGUCAAGGCAUUGAUGAAAUCCCCCUGCAAACCACAUUGCAUACAUACAUAACGUUUUGCAACACCAAGCACACCCUCCACUACGCUUUGAGUGAUAAAGGAGCAUGCAGAGGACUUGUAUUGAAUGUUACAUUUUUGAAAACUGUAAUACAGCAGUGAGCUCUGCUUGCACACUGACAGUAGUGAUCACAGGAGAUGUCAGUGUUCUGACCACGAGGGGUUACCCCCCCUUUUACACAUGCUGCACAUGAGCUGAAGGGAAGGCGCUUAUUAUAUAAUCACUGUGGGAGGAGCUUAUAAUUGCAGCUUCAUUCUUCAGCAUGUCAAAUGGUGAUUUAUCAUCAUCAACAAAGAUGUCCUCUUCUAAGUUUUUCUUUUUUUUCUCAAAAGUAUGAGUUUAUUUUUGACAGAGAGUACGUUUUUCAACUGGCUAUCUAGUUAGCUUAAUCGAACAAUCAGUGACAUGAUUUUUCCAGCAUUAAUGUCUUUAUUUACUUAUCAUUUGCAUGAAGAGGAUAAUUGAUUUCAAAUUCAAUUUGAAUUUUGUUUUACAUUUGAAAUUACAAAGACUACACAUUGUUCACUCUUUUAUCAGACUGGCAUUGUUUCCACUUUAAUAUUUCUGUUUACUAAAUGUUUAAAACUUUAGGUGAGCAGCUUUAACGUCUGUAAACAUUUGUUUUUCUUAUUUAUCAAUAAAAUAUUGGUUUUCA